CGCGGCAGUCAUCCACCAUUGCGCGUGCGCACGUGGCUUCGCGUGUCACUGACGUGUGCCUUUUGUACGCAACGUAGUCCAACUAUGGACAACGGUGGGCGCGUUCCACAAGCGACGAGGAGAUUGUCAACCAGUGAGAAGAGCAUGGUCGCUAGUGCUGUCCUCGCAGUGUGCGGGUACAUGGAGACGAUGAAGGGAUUGUGGCGGGCGGGUGGGAGAAGAAGGGGGAGGAGGGAGGCCGCCAUAGCCCAGGCGUUGGCAAACGCCUGUACAUCGUCCGGUCUAUCAAACGCUCCUUUCCUGUUGUCCAACGCAAUUAUUGGUGCUGUUCUGUCGAGGGACACACCGCGGUGGUGGAUGAAAAGACGAACGGGCGGGACGUGGCGAGACUUGGACAUUGCAGACGACGCGACGGAGGAAUAUUUCCAUGACAAGCUACGAAUGUCGAGGGCCAUAUUCAACGACAUUGUUGCGGCUUACAGUCCUUUCAUCGAGCAUAGACUGACGCACUAUCGCGAGCCCUUGCAAACAUACCUUAUCGUCGCCUUCGCGUUGUACCGAUGGGCCACCGGGGAGACGUUUGAGAGCGCUUCAUCGAGCUUUGGCAUCGGCAGGUCGUCCGGAGUGACGGCCGUCAUGGACGUCACGAAUGCAAUACUGGCUGCAUAUCCCGACAAAGUCACCAUGCCGACCGGCCGUCGGCUGCUGCAGGUGACCCGAGCAUUCGGAGUGAAGGGGUUCCCUAAUUGCUUCGGCGCAAUCGACUGCACGCACGUGUACGUAGACAAGCCCGCCAAUGCACCGUCGGAGAACUACUACGACCGGAAACAGUAGUUCUCGGUCGUCGCCCAAGUCGUCGUCGACCUGGACAUGAG